UCGAGCAGGCAAUGCCAUGUCACGGCUUCUUGGAGGAUAUGAUUUCAAAACAUUUAUAUAUCUAUUCAUUCUCCUCCCACUCUCCAUCUUCUUUAUCUAUUUGCAUGGUCAGAAGCUCACAUAUUUCUUGAGACCUCUUUGGCAAUCCCCUCCCAAACCAUUUAACAUCCUUCCCCAUUACUACCACCCCAACGCUUCCAUGGAGUUGCUCUGCACUCUUCACGGCUGGAAUAUCCGCCAUUCUCCUAGAAGAGUCUUCGACGCUGUCUUGUUCAGCAACGAGGUCGAUAUGCUGACCAUCCGUUGGAACGAGUUAAAUCCUUACAUUACGCAGUUUGUGCUUCUCGAAUCCAACUCCACUUUCACCGGUCUCUCAAAACCCUUGGCUUUCGCAGAUAACCGCCACAAGAGUUUCGAGUUCGUUGAGCCAACAAGGCUGUCUUAUGGGCACGUAGGAGGAGGAGGAAGAUGGAAGAAAGGCGAGAACCCGUUUCUGGAAGAAUCAUUCCAAAGGCUCGCACUGGACCAGCUUAUCAAACUCGCGGGUAUAAAAGAAGAUGAUCUUUUGAUCAUGUCCGAUGUUGACGAGAUCCCGAGUGGCCACACCAUCAAUCUGCUUAGAUGGUGCGACGGAUACCCACCGGUUCUUCACCUUCAGCUGAGAAACUACCUCUACUCAUAUGAGUACUAUCUCGACAGCAAAAGCUGGAGAGCCUCCGUUCAUCUCUACAAGCCUGGGAAAACAAGGUACGCUCAUUUCCGGCAAAGCAACAGUCUUUUGGCGGACUCAGGAUGGCAUUGCAGCUUCUGUUUCAGACACAUCAGAGAUUUUGUGUUCAAGAUGAAAGCCUACAGCCAUACUGACCGUGUUAGAUUCUCACAUUACCUCAACCCGAAACGAAUCCAAGAUGUGAUCUGCAAAGGAACUGAUCUUUUCGAUAUGUUUCCUGAAGAACACACUUUCAGAGAGAUCAUCGGAAAACUAGGUCCGAUACCGAGGUCCUACUCAGCUGUUCAUCUCCCUAGAUAUCUGAUCCAGAAUGCUGAUAGUUACAAGUAUUUGUUACCCGGGAACUGUGUAAGAGAAACUGCAUGAUAGUAAGCGCGGCUUUAUUGCUUUUGCUC